AUGUCUUCACCACAGCAACGUUUGAGCUCGGUCGCGAACCAGCUCGCAGCUCCUGGCUCUGCCCGCCAGAAGCUUUUGGCAAAGAACCCCGAUGAUGUGGUCAUCACGUACCUGGCCCGUACGCCGCUCACUAAAGCCCGCAAGGGUGGGCUGAAGGACACCACCGUCGACGACCUACUUGUCUCGCUCCUCUCGACCGUCCGUGAGAAGUCCAACCUUGACCCCAAUCUUGUCGAAGAUGUCUGCGUUGGCAACGUACUCUGCCCUGGUUCCGCAUACGUCGCUCGCUCCGCCGUGUUGGCCGCCGGAUACCCCGUAACAGCAGCCGCCUCAAUCACGAACCGAUUCUGCUCCUCCGGCCUCCUUGCCGUGCAGAACAUCGCCAACCAAAUCGUCACCGGAUCGAUCGACGUCGGAAUAGCCGUCGGCGCCGAAAGCAUGAGCAAGAACGCCGACGGCGGCGCCCCCGAAAUGUCCGAGCGCAUCACCAGGCACCCUAUCGCAUCGCAGAACUCCCAGCCCAUGGGCCAGACCUCGGAGAACGUGGCGGGACAGUUCACCAUCUCGCGCGAGCAGAUGGAUGCUUUCGCGGCCAAGAGUUUCCAAAAGGCCGAGCGCGCCCAGAAGGCCGGCUGGCUCGAUGAUGAGAUUGUGCCCGUCAAGACUCAGGUCAAGGACCCCAAGACCGGCGAGGUUAAAGAUAUUGUCGUUGACCGUGAUGAUGGCAUCCGUUACGGUACCACCGCCGAGAGCCUCAGCAAGGUCCGCGCUGCGUUCCCCCAGUGGGCUCCGAGUGCUACUACCGGCGGUAAUGCCAGUCAGAUUACCGACGGCGCUGCUGCGCUGGUGCUGAUGAAGCGCUCGCGUGCUCAGCAGCUCGGUCAACCCAUCGUUGCCAAGUUCUGCGGUGCUACCGUUGCUGGUCUGGAGCCCAGAAUCAUGGGUAUCGGACCAUCCCUUGCUAUUCCUAAGAUCCUGACCAAGUUCAACUUGAGCAAGGAUGACGUUGAUAUUUUCGAGAUUAACGAGGCCUUUGCCUCAAUGGGUGUUUACUGUGUCGACAAGCUGGCUUUGGACGAAUCGAAGGUGAACCCGCGCGGUGGUGCUAUUGCUUUCGGUCACCCUCUGGGCGCCACAGGCGCACGUCAAGUUGUCACUGCUUUAUCCGAGCUGCGCCGACAGGAUAAGCGAAUCGCCGUGACUUCGAUGUGUGUGGGCACUGGAAUGGGUAUGGCCGGUAUCUUUGUUUCCGAGCAUUAA